AUGUCUACUAUUCAACAGAAUUCCGUCAAUGAUGCUAUAUUUGCUUAUGGUGAUCAUGAUUUACAAAAGUUAAAGGUAUUUAAUUACUCGGCUGAGAACAAUCAUACUUUUAUUUAUAUACAUGGAGGAGCUUGGAGAGACCCCAGUAAUACCUUUGAUGAAAUGGAUCCUGUGGUUAGUCAUAAUAAAGAUGUCAAUCAUAUUGGAAUAAACUAUAGAUUAUCACCAGAAAUCAAACAUCCUUUCCAUUUGGUUGAUAUUUUAAGAGGGUUGAAAUUUAUUCGGGAAAAUUUCCAAUCUGAAAAUAUCACUUUGUUGGGACAUUCAGUGGGCGCUACAAUGAUUCUCCAGUUACUUCAUUUCAAAAUUAUUGUCAAUGAAGGGUUGAAAUAUGUGCCAAAUGAAUCAUAUGACACGGAUGAAAUCCAUCAAUUAUUGGAUUAUGUGGGCAAAAAUAUCAAAUUUGAUCAAUUGUUAUUCCUUGAUGGGAUAUACAAUGUUAUUGAAUUGUUAAACGAAUACCCAGAUUAUUCUUCAUUUGUCAAUGAAGCAUUUGUUAAUGCUGAACAUGUUGAAAAUUCAACCCAGCUUAGUUCAAGAAUUCCAGAGAUCGAUACACCAUUCUCAUUAGUGAAACAAUCAACUCAGUUUAUCAUCUACCAGUCAUUAGAAGAUGAGCUUCUAUCCAUGAAACAGACUCAUUUACUUGUUGAUUAUCUUGUAUCUAAAAACCAAAGGUUUAGUUUACAUGUUGACAACUGGGGUAAACACGAAGAAAUUUAUUCUACAAAUAGAUCUUUAGUAUUUCAUGGCAAACUACCAAAUUAA